AUGGCCGAUCACCUCCACAGCAGCACCCUGUCUGCCUCAGGAGCCUCCCACUCCAUUCCCUCCUUCCUGACUCUGGAGCAGAAGGCCGCCUUCGUCUUCGUCCUGCUCCUCUUCAUCUUCCUGGGCCUGCUCAUCAUACGCUGUUUCCGGAUCCUUCUCGACCCUUACAGCAGUAUGCCCUCCUCCACCUGGACCGACUACAUGGAGAAAGAUACCUUCGACUACCGCAUUGCCUGA